GUAGGGAACUAGGGAAGAGGUCCUCUCGCUGCCCGUGACUGUUUUUCCUCAGGCUAUCCCUAUCUGUUUUUCUCCAAAAGAGUUCAAGUAACUCUUGGAUCUAGAACGGUUCUAUCUAAUGAAUCGAGAGGUAAAAAAAGAAGGCAGCGGAGCAUUGACCGGAACAUCGAAGUGCUUGCCCAUGACUACUUCUUCCAUUGAGGAAUACGAGAAUCCAAGCCAAAUUCCAAAACCAGGGAAUAGAGUAUUGAUGGGGAGAUCGAAAAGCUUGCCCGUGGCUACUUCUUCCACUCAGGAAGAGAAUGCGAGCCAAAUUCCAGAACCAAGCAACCGAGUGUUGAUGGGGAGAUCGAAGAGGUUGCCGGAGGCUACUUCUUCCACUCAGGAAUACGAGAAUGCGAGCCAAAUCUCAGAAUCAGAACAAGGCAGCGGAGCAUUGUUGGCGAGACGGAAGAUCUUGUUCGAGGUUACUUCUUCCGCUAAGGAACACGAGGAUGCGAGCCAAAUUUCAAGACCAGAACAAGGCAGCGAAGCAUUGAUGAGGAGACAGAAGAGCUUGUUCGAGUUAUAUUCUUCCGCUGAGAAGCACAAGGAUGCGAGCCAAAUUUCAAAACCAGAGGAUCAAGGUGAUUACUGGAGAUACAUACCACUUUAUCAAGCUGCACUCCGAGGAGAUUGGGUGGCCGCCGAAGCAUUCUUCAACCAAUACAAAGACGCUCUCACAGCCCAGAUCAACAAAAAUUCAGAGACAGCACUUCACGUAGCGGCUGGGGCGGGAAGAUCAUCAAAGUUAAUCUAUUUUGUAGAAAAGUUGGUGGAAAGGAUAUCACGGUUAUCACCAGAGGCACUAAAAAUUCCCGACCAUUUCGGUCGCACUCCCCUCCACGCUGCCGCAUGGGUUGGAAACACUGAAGCAGUGAAAAUCCUUUUGGAGAGAGAGAAAUCUUUGCUAGAUAUCAGGGCACAAGUCUGGUCUGCCCUCGACAUGGUCGCUAGAAAUGCUAAGAAGGACACCCUUAUAUAUUUACUGGAGGCCACUAAGGAUGAUCCUUUAUCUAGGCUCUUCCCCGAUGACGAUUCUGCUGCUCAUUUUCUGGUUCAGGUUAUAGCAUCCGGAUAUUAUGAUAUAGCUUUGAAUUUGGUUGAAAAAUAUCCCAGUUUAGCUACCUCAAUACGACCGGAUGGUGAUUGUGGAUUGAAAGCAUUAGCUAAAAAGGUUUCUGCAUUCAAGAGCGGCAGUAAUCAUCGUUGGUGGCAACGCAUAAUCUACGAUUACCUUGUGACAACGGAAGAAAGUACAAGCCAUAUUAGAGGUGACAUUGAGAAUGCCGUCGACGAGCCGGCAGUUACGCGCCAGAGAUGCAAACAUUUGGUGGAAUACUUCUACACUUUAGUGCCUCCUAUUAAAAAUAUCCACGACCAAAAGAAGAUGCAUCUCCAAGCUCUUAAAUUGGUCAAACGUUUGUGUGCGGGAGUUAAAUCUCUAAAUAAUUCAGGCGCUUACAACUUGCGUGCAAAAGAUGCACUCCUCACGGCCGCAAAAUUGGGGAUUCACGAGGUCUUGGAAGAAAUUGUGGGAUCAUUUCCUGAUCUAAUUUGGGCUACAGACGAGAGAGGUCUGAACUUAUUCCAAAUAGCGGUUGUAGAGCGUCAUGCGAAUGUCUUCAACCUCAUAUAUCAGAUGGGGGAUAAUCAACAACUUCUAGUACAAAUGAGAGAUCCUUCUGGAAACAACCUCUUACUUGGCUGGAAAACUAGCACCUCGAAACGAAAACAACCUGGCUAUUGGUGCAGCUCUGCAGAUGCAACAGGAUCUACAAUGGUUUAAGGAAGUGAUGAAGUUUGCAAAUCCCAGAGAUAUAGAUUGGCUAAACGAUGAUAUGGAAACUCCUGCAACGUUAUUUAUUAGAGAACAUGAGAAAUUAAGAGCUAAAGGAGAAAAAUGGAUGAAAGAAACAGCAAACUCAUGCACAAUUCCGGCAGCACUCGUUGUCACUGUGGUAUUUGCGGCUGCAAUCCAAUAUCCAGGCGGGUACAAUCGUGAUGGCCUACCAAAUUUCUCUACAGCAGUGGCAUUUUAUAUCUUUGUUGUUUUCAAUGCAAUAUCUCUAUUCGCAUCAACCACUUCUUUGUUGGUGUCCUUGUCCAUCCUCACCUCCCGCUACAACCAAGAUGAUUUUCACCAUGCUCUUCCUGAGAGGCUGGUAAAAUCUUUGUUUACCCUUUUCGUCUCCAUUACAUCGAUGGUGGUAGCCUUCAUUUGCGCACUCUAUAUUAUGCUUGGGAACAAGCCUAAUGCAAGGAUACUUUGUCUAGUGGCCGUGCUAGCAAACAUACCAAUCCAUUUCGCCUGGCUACAUUUACCCCUCCUUCUAGAUCUCAUCACACCAACAUACUGCCCUCGAAUUUUCGGCAAACAAAGUGAUCGUCCCUUUUAUUGAGAUGAAACAGCCCUUUUAUUGCAUGUUAUUGAGAUGAAACGACCCUUUUAUUGCAUGGGCGACAUGAAAUGUCUGCCAAUUCUUCAGUUGCUUUUAUUGAUCUUCUAUUGAUAGGAGAAGUUGAAGAAAAGUAACUUGAGUUGCUUUACUUAGCAGCCCAUGAGAAGCACAUGGUUUACUGUUCAACUUCAGAAUUGAAGACUUUUCAAGCUUCCGUAAUAUGUUUUGAGAUUUGCUCAAUAAAUGUGAGUUUAUCACAUCUUUGUUUUUUCUCUCUUGCUUAGCCUAUAAAUAGGCUUGUAAUUUGAAUAUGUAAGUAUGCAAAAUUGCAAAUAAGAGUAAUCAAAGUAAGAGAGAGACUAUAAGAGAAACCCAGUGACACUGUUUGGGACUGGGUGAGGAGAGAGAAGACGGAGAGAAGAGUGUUAAGUAAAUUUGGUUCUUGAAAGUCA